AUGGAAUAACCAGAACAAAUCCCUGAAGAUCCUAAGAUGCUAUUAUUGACAAUGGAAUUAAAUAGAAUGGCAUAUGAAAGAUAGAUCAUCAAAUCAAAAGAAGAAUUAUAGAAAAAUAGUAACAAUACUUCUAAUAAGGAUAAUCAAUAAAUAAAAGAAUAAGAAAAUUAAAUAAAAAAACUAAAAGAAGCUUUGGACUAGAAAGAUAAAUAAUUAUAAUAACUAAAUCAAGAACUAAACUAAGAAAGAUAAAAAAAUGAACAACUUAAAAAUUAACUUAAUAGCACUUCUAAAUAAUUAUAAUAAUCAAAGGAUGUUAAAUCUUAACCAUAAAUUGAUUAAAAAGUGAUUUAGUAGUUAUUAAAAUAACAAAAUCAAAAACAAUAGGGUUAAACUGUAAUGCAAACAGUACAAUAAAAAGGAAAUCCAACAUAUAAAUAUAAUCAAAAUCCCUAAUAAUAAUAGUCUCCUUUAUUAUAACAAUAAUAUUAAUAAUAUUAAUAAUAACAAUAAUAGUAAUAGCAACCAUAAUAAUAAUUUUAAUCUUCAUAAUCAAAACAUAUAGCCAACUAAUAAAAGUAAGUUUAUUAAACUUAAACGCAUUAAUAUCCUUAAUAGUAAUAAACUUUAUUCAUCAAUCCAACCCUUUUAAAUUAUCAAAGAAGAUGA